AUGUCAAACAAAAACUAUAAAAAAAAACCAAUUAUGAUACCAUAUGUUCGAAAGAUCAAUCUCACUGACGAUAAUAAAAGGACUAAAAGAAAACCUCCAAAGCUUUGCCCCGAUUGUAACGAGUCCGAUAAUUUUAACAAAUUAUUUUCUAAUAAAUUCAAUAGAAUUGAAGAAAUGGUUGCCAAUAUAUAUAAUAAUCUUCAAAAAAAGAAGACUGAAAAUUUCUCAAUAUAUAACGAAAAAUUUACUCUUAACAAUGUUCCUUGCGAAAUAGAAUACGAUUUGAAAAAUUUCACUUUACAAGAAUUAGAAAAACUAGGAAAAUUUACAAUAAAAAAUUCUAAUGUUGACAAAUAUCCAUCUUAUACUUCCCCUACAAAAAACGAGAAUGAAGAAUUUACUAUUGAUAAUGUUCCUAAUUUGCCAAAUUUUACUUUAGAUGAAUUAGAAGAAUCAGCAACACAAGAUUUCAAUGACGAUAAUAAUCAUGAGAAUGAAAAUUUUAUUCUCAACAAUGUUCCUUGUGAAUUAGAAUAUUCAAAUAAUGAUUCAGUUCAAUCAAGUUUGCCUAUAUCUACUGUUCAAGAAAUCCAAAUUCCUAUAACUCCAACUCAGGCUCAAGCUUCUGCAACACAAAAAAUUCAAAAUUCAAGUCAAUAUAUCAAGAAAUGUAAAGACUUUAGUAACGGCACCUUUUAA